AUGAAACCAAAGAAUCUUCAUUUGGUGAGUAUUCACAAGCGUCCGAAACCCAAACCAUCCCAUCCUGAUCAGCUGGGCUACGUGGGGGUAGCCGAACCAUCCUACUUAUCAAUCGAGUUAGCUUGGGACCCUCCUGAUGGUCUGCGUACUAGUCAGCAGAUCACUUACCAAGUAUUCGUCCGUCUUGUCGGUCCGGAGGAUCUGAUCAGUGAAUUGGUCGAACAGCAACCUGGGAUGUCAGCAGGCGAAUCGAUGUCUAGUGGAUACGGGAUGUACCCCGAAGGCGGACUGGUCGAUGAUCCAAAUGGUUACCACAAUGAGGCAUUAAAUCUCCAUCCUCUGCUUCGCCGUCGUUUGUUGGCCAACGUGACUGGAAAUACGUUCCGAUCUACGGAUGGUGACAGUAUAGAUACGGGCAUUCUGUCGGACAAAUGCCUUGUCGUACGACCAACGUAUGAUGCUCGGCACGAGCAUACAAAUGAAUACACACAAAAGCUGGUGGUAGAAGGUGGCAAUUUGUCCUUCAAGCAGAAUUUGAUAGUGGGGCUGGAGUUGAAGCUCAAACAUAGCGUUUGGUGCGACGUAUCAGUUCGAAGUUUCCCUUCUGAAUGCAUCUGUCACUGGUCCAUCUGCCCGCUUGAACCUCCUUCUACCAGCCCUCUUCAUGUGCGUCUCAGCGGCCUAUCCUCAAGUGCAGUGGAGAUUAGCUGGGCACCUCCACCAGUGCAAUAUCGUAACGGGCGGAUCACAGCCUAUCAGGUUCGAUACUUUGAAGUCGGCGCCGAAACCCAGACUGAAACAAUGGCCAAAGUUACUGUCCCUGGACAAAGACAGCACACAGCUAAAGACCUCAAAGAGAAAACAUUCUACACAUUCAUGGUGCGUGCAUUCACUUCUGCUGGCCCAGGUCCAUGGUCCGGUGCCAGUAACAUCCGUACCAGCGUCGAACUACCUCCACCUCCGUUAGACAUUCGAGCCACCCGAAUCAAUCAGCAUCAAAUUAAAGUUACCUGGCGCAUUCCGACGGGAGAAGAACUAGGUGCUGGAUCCCGACAUAUGUCAAUUCAAGGUUUUCGUUUACUCUACUCAUCCAACAACAAUCCCUACGAGGCUGGGCAGUGGACAUCAUUCGACGUCGCUCCAAUCAGCAUGUCAAUCAUCAGCCAUUUGGACAGCAAAACGAGCUAUGUGAUAUGCAUCAAAUCUCGGGGACCCGAUGGUCGAUAUGGGGACUGCAGUCAACCCGUCAUCAGCCGGGCUGUCACAACCGGUAGCGAGUCAGAAUUCUCCGUUCGAAAUCUGUAUUGUACUGGGGAUGAGACAAGCGUCAAGGUCACCUGGCAACAACCAAUUAGAACAAAGCAAUUAGAAGGCUUUAAGGUUCGCGUCGGUGGUUCGAAACGGUUCGCAGACAAUGCAGGGGUGAUACGUACCCUGGAAUUCCCCGCACGCAGUAUGAGUGUCGCGUAUGCAGCCGUUCAUAUGGGUUACACGUGCACCGUGAGCGAUCUGGAACCGAACAGCAUCUACGACGUUCAACUAAGUGCUUACUAUGAAAUGACUCUGGAUAUGGAGAGUAACUGGGAAACGACAAGCUGUUAUACGCAAAUGCAGCGACCGCCGAUUGUGCCCCCACCAAUGGCAGUGGCUGCGUCCAGUGAACGCCGGCAGGUGCUGUUACAGCUAUCACGCGUGAGUGAACGCUUCGGAAAGAUACGCCACUAUUUCCUGGUUGUCGCACCUGUUCACCUGACGGAUACGGAUCCAGAAAAGAUUGAUAUUGAACAUACCAUCACAACUUCGCGAGGUUUGCCAAGUUCUGGGACCAGGUACGUAGCAGCCAGAUAUCAGCAAGACUACUUCGACCCCCCACCACGGCGUGCACGGAAUUUUACUCUUGGUGCUUUGAUUGCAAUCACUCCGCUUAUGCGUCACACGCGUGACACGCCGUCCAACACCAAAGCAGUGCUGCGCGACAGGCGGAGUAGUCCGCAAAUAACGGACCCAUUUUCGCUAGGAAUGGAUGCCGAAGUGAACUUUGACAACAAGGUUCUUGUUGAUGGUCAGGAAUACAAGGCCUUUGUCCGUGCUUGUGUCUUCCAAAACGACCACCCCGUUGCAACCGGCCCGAAUGCUUGCACCUCCUCUGAUUGGUCACUGGGAUUCGGGCCGGACCGGAAAAUCGUCCCAAUUAGCCAGGUGGUGAAUAUGGACAUUGGUGAAUAUGGCGACUCACGUGAUAGCCAGGUGAAAGAACGUGGCAUAUUUGCAACAUCGGUGUUUCCUGGGAACGACCUCUUUGUUAUAGCCAUCGUGGCGGUCAUUGUCGGGUUGGCACUGGUCGCAGUUAUCUGUAUUGCCUUCGGAUGCGUUAUGCAUCGAAGGCGACGUCCGAAACUAAUGAAUCAUAUGGGUUCAAACGAUCCUAGCAUGAAGCAACCUUUGAUGCGGAUGAACGAUUGUGGUGCUCCGAACGGGACCAAUUUGACAAUGGUUACCAGCGGAAUCGAUCUGAUGGCGUCGAACAUCAGUGCACAGAAUUCGACACAUUUACUGGAAGAUAAGCGGGAUAGCUACGCAACAGGGCAUAGUAGUGUUCCUGGAAGUCAUGUAAUUCCGUCUUCACCACCAAUGGGUCCUACACAUCCCUCUUUGUUCUCUUCCAUCACUACAGCCGGUCGAAGUGGACUGGCCACCUCUGGAACGGGGAGCCCGAUGACUGGAAUGGAUCGCCUUAGUCAGCAAACUUCAGGUCACUUGUGUAGCGUACCAAUGCAGCACAUGCAUCCUCAAACUGGUGCCUAUCCAGAAUUGACCAACAUUCACACAAAUAUGCAUCCAGGACUGAGCCCAUUUGUAAACAGUAUGCGGUGUGGGACACUUAGUAGUCAUGCUGGCAGUCACCCGAGUUCCAUAACCGGUCCCCCAAGCGCCAUCGGAAGUGGAGGAGGGGCAGGGUCAAACUUGAAUUCCGGUCUGACAUAUGGGACAGAAUCAGGAGGGAUCUGCGAUGGCCUUGUUAUUGCACGUAACCGUCUGCCGGGACAUGAUGGAGGCCAAGACCAAAUGUUUGAUAUGCAACCGUUGGCACUUGAGACCAAAGGUCCUCCAAUGAAACAUCCGAUUCCAAUCAGCUGCCUCCCAGAUCAUGUGGCCCGUUUGUCCGCAGCAGAUAAUCUACUCUUCUCUCAGGAAUACGAAUCGAUAGAAACGGAACAACAAUUUACUUGGGAGCACGCCAACAUGGAGGUAAACAAGCCAAAGAACCGUUAUGCCAAUGUGAUUGCUUAUGACCAUUCACGGGUCAUUUUACAAUCAAUCGACUGUGUACCAGGAUCGGACUACAUCAAUGCAAAUUACAUCGAUGGAUACAAACGCCCUAAUGCUUAUAUAGCAACCCAAGGUCCUAUGCCGGAAACAUAUUCGGAUUUUUGGCGCAUGAUUUGGGAGCAGCGUGUUUUCAUCAUUGUUAUGAUGACACGACUGGAAGAACGUGCACGUAUUAAAUGUGAUCAGUAUUGGCCCACCAGAGGUCCGGAAGCAUAUGCGGGAGGACUUCUUACGGUGACACCGGUGGACACAAUCGAAUUGGCCUACUACACGAUCCGGACAUUCAACCUAACUGCUCGUGGAAUCGACGACGAAUGUCGUGAGGUCAAACACUUUCAGUUCACAAGUUGGCCGGACCACGGGGUACCAGAAUACCCAGUUCCUCUCUUACUAUUCAUUCGGCGAAUCCGAGCUACUGUGGCCUCUGGAGCGAACACUUCAUCGUCAAACACUGGCCAUUCAAACAUGAUCGAACAAGGCCCAAUUGUUGUACAUUGUUCUGCUGGAGUUGGUCGAACGGGCGCGUUUAUUGUGAUUGACAUGAUGUUGGAAAGAAUCAAGUAUGAGAAAACAGUUGACAUUUACGGUUGUGUUCGGGCAUUGCGAAGCCAACGGAAUUUCAUGGUCCAAACGGAAGAUCAAUAUAUUUUCAUCCAUUCUGCUCUGUUGGAGGCGGUGGAUGCCGGGAACACGGAAGUACCUGCGCGUAAUCUUCUGGCACACAUUAAAAAAUUGCGGAUCUUGGACAAUAGUGGUGGGUCUGGAAUGGAAUUGGAAUUCAAGCAACUGCAACAGUUUCGUGUACCCCGGGCCAAAUACACAUCGGCACAGAUGUUGUGCAACAAGAAUAAGAAUCGAAUGCUAACCGCUUUGCCGUACGAAAACACCCGCGUCACGUUGCAGUUGAUACGCGGAGUCGAAGGGUCCGAUUAUGUGAACGCAAAUUUUGUAGACGGCUAUCGUGAACGGAAAGCGUACAUCGCCACACAGGGACCGAUGGCUAAGACAGUGGAAGAUUUUUGGCGAAUGGUGUGGGAGUUGAACUCCACGAUCGUCGUCAUGUUGACAAAACUGUGUGAACGUGGACGGGAAUGCUGCUAUCCCUACUGGCCUUCAGAACGAUCAUCCCGUUAUCAGUAUUACGUGGUUGACCCAAUGGUCGAAUACAAUAUGCCAAACUACACUUUGCGAGAAUUCAAGUUGACGGAUGCUAGAGACGGGCAGUCCAGAACACUUCGGCAGUUCCAGUUCACCGACUGGCCCGAACAAAACGUUCCUACAACCUGCGAACCCUUUAUCGAAUUUCUUGGUCAAGUGCAUAAGACCAAAGAACAGUUUGGGCAAGAUGGCCCAAUCACUGUACAUUGCAGCAAUGGAACCGGACGUACAGGUGUCUUCCUAACCUUGUCAAUAGUUUUGGAACGAAUGCGUUAUGAAGGUGUUGUCGAUAUGUUCCAGACUGUUCGAAUGCUUCGAACACAGCGACCCGGUUUGGUAGAAACUGAGGAACAAUACCAAUUUUGUUACAACGCAGCCCUGGCCUAUUUGGCUUCAUUUGAUCAUUAUGCAACAUGAUUUCCCACCUCACGUCUUGUUGUAACUCGACCGUAAAUUCCUGCGCUUUACUUAGCCUAUUUUGACCCGAAUCAACAAUUCUGACCACGAGUUCACUCCACCGACUCCCUCUAUCUGUGUGUCUGUACAGCCGAAGAGGAUGACGAUGAUGAUGACGACGAAAUUUCAUUGAUUUUUUGGUGAUCAGAGUUUUAUUGAUCUUCAGUAUCAUUAUGGAAAACUAAUCAUGAAACUAAUGAUUUUGUUGCUUAUAAUGACCAAACGAGAGAAAUGGGAGAAACCAUUUUGCGCACCUUGGGUAUGCGGACAUAGUUGAUUGUCAGAAAUGUGUACAGCUCCCAUUAUCUAUGUCAAGAUGUCCUAAAAUGCAUUUUCUUCCUAUCUGUUGCUAUCCGCAAUAGAGAAGCAGUUGGGCACUUAUUCACAUCCCUGUGAACGCAACUGUACUUUUCACACCCGUGUGUGUGCAACUAGCUUUUCCAACUGUUUUUAUUCUGCCAAUUAUACAUUUAUAUGAGGUACA